AUGAACACACAUAACCACAACUCCUAGUCAUAACCAUCUCUGCCGUUAGUAGGUAAAUUGAAGGCUAGUCACUAAUCAAAAUUCGCUCCUGUUGAAAUGAAAAACAUUGUUAAAUACAGUUGGAAGAAACUGAAAAAAAUUGAAAGCGAAAAAAUGUUUGAGGUGCCUUCAAAAUUUUUAUUGCCUGCAGCAUAUAUGACGAAGGAAGAUUACGAAAAAACUAGAAAGGAAGCCAAGAAGUAAUCAAUCAGAUUUAAGUCAAAGUCCAAAAAAAACCUCAAUAGACAUGAAAUCUUAGUUGAAAGCGAACCUUAAUAAUCUGAGAACCCUUAUAAUGAUGUGGAAGUGAUUGAAGAAGAUAAUCAUAAUGACUAUAGAAAUAAUGAACUAGAACAAGCUAAUGAAAAAAUUGAUAUUCUAUCCAACUAGAAUGCCAAGAGAUAAAAUCAGCAUAGCGUUGAGUAAUCAGGAGUUAACUAGGAUUAUCAGAUAUUGAAUUCUAAUAUUGGGGGUAGUAAUAUUAUGAGUAAAAGACUUUAAAGUCAAAACAGCCGUGGAGCUCAGCCAAGUCUUGUUGGAAACGGAGAUCGUAUUAUAAUGCAAUCGAAAUUAAUCAGAGAAUAUAUAAAGUCAACUAAGGAUUACAACAUCAUUAAUGAUCGUAAAAAGAAAAAGAAAUCUAAGAAAUUUAUCAAGUCUGCAGUAGAGGCUAAUAAUGAGAAUUUCAACUUACUAGAGCAUAAUUAAGGCUAAUAGCCAAAUAUAAUUGAUUAGCUUUAUCCUAAGUUAAAGAUUGAAACAGUGCCAACUGGAUAACCCAAGCCAAAAUUAGACAAGAAAAUACUUAAUUAUUACGUAAACUAAGAAUAGUAGCAGGAGCUUAUAAGAAAACUGAAAACAAUAUAAAAGUAGAUUAAAUUUUAGCGAAACAAAAGCCUUUAAACUUUAAAAAGUUCGGCUUCAAAUGUAAUGCUUCAUUAAAAUCCUAGUUUCUAGCAAUUUAACCUAGCUCAUUAAAAGCCAUAGCCAAUUAUUGAAACAGAUAAAAUGUUCUUUAUAGCUCACGAGAAUGAUACUUAGAAUAGAAAAGAUCUUAUCAAUUCGAAACAAUCUAGGACUAGGCAAAAUAAAGAUAUAGUUACUCCUGUCUUAAGCGGAUAUUAUACUAAUUAGAAGCAUGAAAAAGGCUUUAGCAGUGAAAAAUCUCAAAAAACUACUUAUCGAACAAAAGAGUAGAAAGUAGAGGAGAAUAUGAAAUUACUUAUGGACUUAGAUAUAAGUGAGAUCGAUGAUAGUGAAAUCAUGAAUAUAGUAGCAUAGAGUCAUUCAAAUAUAAUAGCGGAUGAUGAUGUUGAUGAGAUGCAGGGCAUUAUGAAAAUAAUUAAUCAGAAAAAGUCCACCUGA